AUUGGAUUUCUAGCAUUAAAUUAGUGCAACUGAGAAAUAAAGAGAAAAGAAAAGUUUGAUCAGAAAAUAAAGCUUCCUUCAUAAAAAAAAAAACAAAUUAAACUUUUCGAUAUAAUUAUACUUGACUUCUGCCUUAUAUACAUAGAAAAUGGAAAUCAAUUUUAAAAAUUGUAUAUAAAAAACAACGGACAGUGGAAUAACCAUUUAUGAGAAGAUACUAAGUAGACAUCUUGCGGCAACUGUUGAACUACGGACAUUCGUUAAGUCUAUACACGUUAAGCGACAUGGUUCUAUAAAAUACCAAUAUGAAACUAUCGUGUCAGUGUAUGAGAUACCAAUAUUUCCAGUAGUGACCAAUAAUUUAUUUUCAGAUAUCAUAUCCAGACAAAUAUCAGUCUUUAUUAAAUUUAAUACUUGACAUAUUGUAGGAGUCAAUAUAGUGAUUAAUAUGAAACACAUUUAAUGUGUAACUUCUUUUUUGGUGAGUAAUGCAUGUGCAUUUGCAUUUGCAUUAAAGAAUACGUAAUUCGAUGAAAGAUUUAUUUAUGGUUCUAACUGGAGUAUGCACCAGCCUUUAUGGACUACACUUGCAGCGUUUCUGUUUAUAAAUGCUGAAAGAUGCCUCCAAAACAGAGGAAAAUAGCUAUUAUGGGUUACAGAUCCGUAGCGUUUACAAAAAGUACUCGAGUAAAUAGUCAAGAUUAUGAAGUAAAAUUGGUAGACACAGCAGGUCAAGAUGAAUAUAGUAUAUUUCCUACACAGUAUUCUAUGGAUAUCCAUGGUUAUGUCCUGGUAUAUAGCAUAACAAGUGCUAAAAGUUUUGAAGUUGUACAAAUUAUUUAUGACAAAUUAUUGGAUAUAACGGGAAAAGUCCAUGUUCCAAUUGUAUUAGUAGGAAAUAAAACCGAUUUAUAUGUAGAUCGAAUGAUAACAACAGAACAAGGCAAGCGAUUAGCAGAUUCUUGGCAUGCCGCUUUCUUAGAAACAAGUGCAAAACAAAAUGAGGUAAAUUAAUUUUAUUUUUUUAAAAUAACAUUUACAUGAUUAUGUAAUUUUGUUUUGUUUUAGUCUGUUGCAGAUAUUUUUCAUACAUUAUUGAUUGAGAUUGAAAAAGCAGAUGGAAAUGUACAAGAAAAGUCAAAUUGCGUUAUUUCCUGAGCUAUAUUAGCUGGAAAUAUAAUACGACGUAAAUGUAUAAAACUAAGUGACAAAAUUGGCAUUAUAUUAAUACACGUCCAAAAACAAAUUAAGUAUAAUAAUAUUAAAAAUAUAAAAUAGCAAAUAUAAAACAAUUAUGUCUUUUGCUGUAUAAGUCAAAAAUAUUAUAAAUAUUGUUUAUUUGAGAAUAUACAUCAUCAUAAGUAUAUUUAUUAUUUACUAUUACAAUUACUGUUUAACAAAAAGAGAAUUAUGUUGUCUAUACUUAUUUUUAUUCUACAAAAAUACAUAAUAAAAUUUAACAUUUUAGAUAUAAUUUUUUAGUAUGAGAAGAUGAAAUAAUUCUUAACCUGGAUUUAUGUAAUUAAUAUUCCAAAUGUUUAUAUUUUUUCAAAUAUGCUGGAAUAAAUCAUUAUAAAAUGUACAAUAAAAAUAUUUAUUCCUACACACUGAUAGAUUAGUAUUAAAAUGUAUAAAUAUUUAUAUACUAUAAAGAAUAAAAAAUAAAUAUUUAUAGACUAUAAAGAAUAAAAAAUAA